AUGGAGAUGAGCCAGAAACACCUUGGAGUGAUGAAGGACUCCGCCGCAGAGUGGAGCAGAAACCGAGUGGCUAAAUUUCAGAAGCCUGAGACCUUGGUAGCUGGGAAGGGAGAAGUUUCUCCAGAACAGAAGCCUGAGUGGCCAGAGUUCUUUUCUAGACAAAGGAAAGCAAAGGGAUGGAAAAGGGGGCUUCAGAAAGGCGGAGCGGAGCGCAUUGCACGCCACCCUACUAGCCCAUUUGGGCACUGUUAUCUCGUCGCAAUCCUCGACCUUCUAGAACAAGUUUCACUGGAAAUCUUCUACCACGACAUAAUGGCAACGACAGUGCCGGUUUUCAUCAAGCAAUUUCCGCAGGAAGUCGGAAACGCACGAAAUGUAGCUGUCAGUAGCAGGUUGUGGAACUGGACAAGCCAAGCAAGAAUCGAUUUCCUCUUCUCUCUAGUCAAGUUUCUAGAGCUAAAAGAGUGCGUGGUGGACGUAGGAAAAGAUUAUGAGGAAUUCUGUUCUAUGGAGAAGGCUCGUUCAAACAGUCCCGCCGCUAGAAUCGGAACUUGGACGCUGCCGCAGGACCUGGAGCACUUACUGAUGGGUGCCAAAAUGGGACUUGUGGUUUCUCCAUCACAGAAAGUUUGUUCUGAAGCCACAGAAUGGCGUCCUUCGUAUUGUGCAUGGCGAGUACAACAUUGUGAGAGGAGUGAUUUCACGGACGAAGACAAGAGGCCUCGAUGA